AUGCAUUCCUCAUGCUCGCCCUCAGAAGUUUCGAGCUGGGGACGGAUGCGUAGAACAUGCGAUGCCUGCCAGGAAUCCAAAGUCAAAUGCAGCCAAACGAAGCCAUCCUGCCACCGCUGCAUUCGACACAGCCAACCGUGUAUCUACAGCCCUCACCGUCGUACUGGCCGACCGCGCAAGAGGGCCUGCAGGAGUACUGCAGACGCGGAAGGCCCUGUAGCAGAGCAGGCAACACAGGAAACCAGGACGCUCGGAAUUCUUGGUCCUACCAACAGAGUGCAACUGCCCAACACCCCGAAUGUUCUGUCGGCCAGGACAGGGGAAGAUGGAAAUAACCUCAAUCAUGAUGUCUUUCCGUCAUUAGAUUCCCUCCUGGAUAUUUCAUUAUGCGAAAAAGGGUCCUAUCAACUAAAUAAUAGUUGGCAAGAAAGUCAGCAAACUAGCUAUCCUCCAGGAUCAUCUCUCGAUACCCUAAACGACGACUUCACCUUGGAUCAUGAUGUCUCCUUUCCUCUGCCUUCCCAGGCUCUAGAUAUUGAUGAGUCUCCGCAAUUCAGUACCCGAGCCCCUAGCACCACCAAUAGUAAUGCAGACAGAGAUUGUAGGGGCAGGUGCUACAUGAUGCUACUUCAGCGGCUAUCAUUCUUACAUCGGUCGCUACCUGAAUCCAGCCGGCCUUCUGUCGAUGCUAUUCUCCUAGUGCAACGCAGUAUAUCCAGAAAUGUCUCAGACAAGCUCCUACAAUGCACUACUUGUGUUAGCAACCGCUCAACCAUCCUUCUACUAUCUACUAUCAUCGAACGAGUCGUCCUGAUGUUUAACUGGAUUAUUGAGAAGAAGACUUUAAUGGACUCCAAGAAUGCACGCUUAAGUCGGCUGGCAUUAUGUUCCUGGGCACUAAAUCCGUCAGUGCCACCCCCAGCAGACAGCUUCCAAAGAACUUUCUGCCAUGUCCCGCUGAUGGUGGGAGACGUGGAACUAGAUGCAAAGACCAAACAUGCGUUUAUGAAACCUUUGAUAAUUCUUAGGAUCAAGAAACUGGCAGUGAUGCUACAAGAGUUAAGCCGAAUUACCGCAAGCCGCUCCCAGGACUGCCUUUACCGUGCUUCAGGGCUGAUAUUGGUGGACUGCCAACAACGGUUAGACUAUCUUCGAGGCCAGGUUCAGAUAUGGGAGUGA